AUGAUCGCGGCAGCGACGGUCGUCAAGAACCUCACCAUGCACAGGCUGGCUUUUCCAAUCCUCUCAGACGACGAGACGGGCACGACCAACCCUGCCGAGGAUCUCCCUUUUACACCUGUUGACACCGAGGCGGACGGCCCAAUGAAGAAGGUCGUGCACUUCGUGGACAUCGUGUCCGACCACCGCGAAGACAUCAACAAAGACGCUAUCUUGGAGCACUUCCGUCGCAAGACAUUCAAGGACCUGCCCAUGCCUUUCCGCUUGAAGGAGGAGCCCCCGAGCGAUUACACCAUGCAGCUGUUCGUGGUGCCGAGGGGCGACGGCGGGAAGUACAUCAUCAAGCACUACAUCAUGAAGAACAAGGUCAACAUCCACAGCCUCCCGAGCAUUUGCGCUGGUCAGGCGCAUAAGAUUGCGUGGAGCACCCAUGAGAAGUCAGGGACGAAGGCGCUGCAGCACCUGCUCAUGCACCUCCCUGGAUUGAAGAUCAGGUACUUCACGUUCGACCACCGCGACCUCAACAAUCAGAAAGAACUCAUGGACGAGUCGAAAGUCGACCAGGGGUUCGGUUACAUCGAGGAGCAUGCCCGUCUGAUCCAGAAUGAGAGCCACCUUCGGUGGAUCACCAAGGAGCUGAACAACGAGGCCAGCCUCAUUUUCGGGUGGAAGGAGUCGCUUGUGAAAGAGAUCAUGAGGGGCGUCGCAAACGAGGCGGUGCUGUGCCAAGAGCAUAUUGUCUGCCCCGUCACGCUGCGCAACAUCAAGCGCUCCUUCCUGGUCGGCGCCCUCAAGCCCAUGAUCGAGACGAUGGGCGAGCAUGCUCUGAUGAUGAUUGGCGAGCCUGGGAUCGGAAAGACUUUCGUGGGUCGCUCAGUCGCCCUGGCCCUCGCCAGGCGGUGGGCGCGCAAGAUCGGCGGCGAGCGCGUGGCCAUGCUGAAGAGCACGACGGAGUUCGACUUCUUGCGCGGCCAGCCAGGGGAGAAGAGCUGCGCUUGGGUGCACGACGACGGGGCGCUGAACGAGCAGCGCGUUCGGGCCAUCAAGUCCUUCACGGACGUCGGGGAUGACGAGUCGAUGAUCUGGGCCCGCUGGGGGGCCACAAAAUGCGUGCAGGAGCAGCCCCGCUUGAUCAUGGACAACACGUUCAACCCAGCCACGCUCCGCCCGACCAUCGGCAGCUCCCCGUCGAUCUCUCACGGGGACUUCCUGGCCGCCGUGUCGACAACCUUCCCCCCAGGGACGACUCUAGCCAACCUCAUGGCGUGUCUGAAGCGAUCGCACUUGACCCUCAACUUCACGCACACCGACGGCAAGGUCUACGUCCUCCACCGCAUCGCCUCCGAGGGCACUGAGCCCGUUCCGUGCUUUGUGUUGGACGAGUCGAACUUCAUCAACAUGGACGGCAGGCGCCGCAUUGGCUUGUGGAAAGAAGGCAACCGCCAGUUCGGGACCGAUCGCGACCAGGACGUGAUGUGGGAGCAGAACUGGCUGACACAGCUCCUGGAGGACGACGAAGUCCCGCAGGGUGCCGACGACUCGGGCGCGGAGGACGUUGCCGCGGCUGCCGAGCCCCAGCGGUUCGGCAAGCUGAGCUUGGGGGACAUCUGGGGCAGCGCAGCAGCCGCGCCAAGGGGCGGCGUGCCCGCGGCCGCGAUGCCAGCCCCAGCAGCGCCAGAGGGCGCCGUGCCCGCGGCCCCGAUGCCAGCCCCAGCCGCGCCAGAGGAGGCUCCCCCAGCCAAGCGGGCGAAGCCUGACACCCAGGGGCCCCGCGCGGUGUCCCCCGAGCCUUUCGCGGACGGCUUCAAGUGCGAUCGCAUCGGGCGCGACCGCGACGACGACGAGGACGAGGAAGAGCCACCGCGCGGGACCCCCGCACAGGAGAUCGAGCGGCUCUGGAAGCUCCGCCAGGCAGGCGCGAUCUCGCUCAAGGAGUUCAACGCCUUGAAGAAGGGCGCAAUCAAUGAUGGGUUCGACGCCAUGAAGAAGGUGGCGCCCGCCAAGAAGGAGGAGCGCAGGGCCAAGCGGGAGCGGGCGCCUCGCGGACCGAUCAAGCGGGACCCCGAUGGCCCCUGCAGGGCGGCGGGCUCGACCGAUCAGGCUGCCAAGAAGGAGGUGUUCUCGGCGACGCCAGUGGACAGUUCGACGAUGCAGGAGCUCUUUCCAGGCGCCGUGGCGAUCGACUCGGACGAGGACUGCUUCCCGCUGCCUGCCGCCCGCGUGUGCCGCGGCUGCCUCACGCGCAUGCUGGGCACGGGGGACUUCUGGCCGCUGUCGGAGCAGUGCAUCCUCGGCGCCAUGCAUCCCGACUUGGGAGCGCCGCCCGCCAUCCACCUCGAUUGGGACGAGGAGGACGAGGACGACGACGAAAGCUUCCACGAUGGCGACCAGAGCAUCGACGAGCACACCGAAGCGGAAUCCGAUGGGACGGAAACCGAUUCGGACAGCGACGAGGGCGGUGACGUCGAUGCCAGCGAGACGUCCUCCACGGCGUGCCCGUCGGACGACGACAUGCUGGAGGGCGACGAGGAUACCGGCGAUGCUGAUGACCGCUACUUCGCCGAUGUCGCGUGGGUCUCCGACGACGAAGCCGACGGCGUCGUGGCGAUCGACUCGGACGAGGACUUGCCCGAGCAUUUUCGGCGCGGCCGCGCCUGCGAAUCGCCCGCCCGCAUGCCGAGGCUGGCCAAGAAGUGGGCCCUCAAGCAGGCGAUGAAGACGGCGAAGAAGCCCGCGAAGACGCGCGGCGCGAAGCCGGCGGCGAAGAAGCCCGCGAAGGCGCGCGGCAAGAGGACAGUGAUGAGACGGCCCGCGAGGGCGAGUGGCAAGGGCGCCGAAAGCCGCGCCGCCAAAGCGUUGCGUGUGAACGGGAAGUUCCACAAGGAUGGCCUCACCUACAGCGGCAAGUCGGCAUCAACCCCUGCGCAGACGACCACGCUGCGUCGCUUGGACCAGCAGCCCUACGAGGAGAUCAGCGCCCUGAGCCAGAACGGCGCAAAGAAGGUGUUGCUGGAGGCUGGCGUUCUGCCACGUCGCGGCGAGGCGGCGUCGUUUGCAUGCUGGCAGUGCGGCGGCGAGAUGAGCAAGAACGGCAACGGCUUCAGGUGCGCGGCGGCGAACUGCAGCCGCCCGCGCAUCGCCCACCCAGACGUGGCCUACACGCCGCUCGCCCGCUUCGACGCAGGAGGCUACGAUCGUGACUACAAGAUGUGCUUGCGCACUGCCUAUACAUUGGGAUGCAAGUUGCCCAACGAUGCCGCAACCCAGAUCGCGCGGCAGAAGGGUGACAGUAUCAUGGCCGCAGAGCGCAAAGUGUCGGAGUUCUACGCGAUGCACAAGGUGGCGCUGGCGCACUCGGAGGUGGAGCACACCCGCGACACAGUGUUCGAGGACGAAAUAGUCGAGGUUGAUAGCUCCCGCAUGGCAUGCAAGAAAUUGACGGGCGGCAUGAAGAGCCACCAGGGCCGUCUGCUGGCAGUGAAGGAGCGGUUCUCAAAGAAGUGGACGGCCUCAAUGUUGCCGACGAGGAACUCCAAGGCGAAGCGUGGGUCUGGCGGCCCAGAGUCGCUGGCGGAGGUGCGCGGCCCCCUGGCCCACGCCAUGGGCAAGGGCACGGCGCUGGCGCCCGACGGCGCCCAAGCUUUCCACUCCGCCGCCGCGGAGAUCGGCGUGCCCAGCCUGCCUGGCGUGAACCACCAGGACAAGGUCUUCACACCCGUGACGAGGCUGCUGAAGAGCAAGCUCCCGAAGCGCACAGCCGCCGCGCUGCGCCGUCACUCCCGCGGCAAGGCGCCUGCCGUUCAGGAGACGAAGUUGUACUUCAAGCUCGUGGCGGGGGAUAACUCAGUGGAGUCGGUGCAGGGGCACAUCAAGAACACGAUGCGCCGCGUGGGCAACGUGGGUAGGCACAACGCCAGCGAGACAAAGAAGGCGGUUCAGACUCUGUCAGGAGCAGCCUUACUGAGGCGCGCGGGCGUGGCCAGCGUGUUGGACGCUUUGCGCCGUUAUCGUGUCGCGCUGUCCACUGGCGUUGUGCAGCUGUCCCCGCGCGAGUGCUUCCGCGCGGAGUCAUGCGUUUGGGCCGUGGCCGCCGAGAAGGGGGAGGCGAGCUGA